AAGUGACUUUUUCAUAACAGUCUUUUUCAAUUCGAAACCGAACGAAAAUUCGAUAUUGUUUAUAUUUUCUUAGCCAUAUAAAUGCACCUAUAACCCAUUAUAGAUGCAGCCAAACAUAUAUUUUACGAUCUUUCUGAUUAUUUCGUUGCAUUUAUUUUCGACUCGGGCCUACAUUCGUCAGCCACAUCGCAAGAAUGCUAAGCGUAUGAUCCAAAGUCUCUAUUCAGACUUCACACUCGCCAACGAAGUGGGCGAUGGCAGUGGUGGCAGCGGUGGAAGUGACAGAAGCGGCAGCAACGACUCAACUGACAAAUGUAAGGCAAAUAGUCUUGGCUCGGGUAAUGCCAAACAGAAAGCAACCAAUAUAGCGCAAAAGGCGGCGAAAGAAGCCAAAGCUGCCUCGGAUGCUCAACAGGCGGCCGGCGAGGCUGCCUCUAUGCAAGUGAAAGCGCAGCUGGCUGAGAAGGCGGUUGCAGCAGCCAAGGCAGCCGAAGCGGCACUUGCUGGCAAGCAACAAAUCGUACAACAGCUGCAGCAAGAGGUGCGUGAAGCUGAAGCAGUGGUGCAAGAGCAGAGUACCUCAUUAUCGGAUGCCCAACAAAAUGUAAAUGCCGCCAUGCAGGCCGCACAGAACGCCGCCCAGCAACUGAAGACACUCACCAAGGCGGUGACUAUGGCUCAAACGAAUGUCGCUAAUGCAGAACAGGCCGCAACAGGCGCACAAGCGGAUCAUGCGGAAAAGACGCAAUUGUUCGAGGCUGCCAAAACACGAGUCGAACAAUUGUUGGGUCAAUUGAAUGCAGCACGCAAUGAUUACGGCAAAACGAAGGAAGCCGCUAUGAAGGCGGCGGCAGCAGCACAUGAAGCCAAACAAAAUGCGAGUCCUGGUCGUUGUUAUCGCUCGUUGGCGACUGCACGUUUGUUGGCCAAGCGUCAUCGGCUGUUGGGACAUAGACCACGACAUUGAACGACUUGAAUGAUGCGGUCGCGGAUUUCCUUAUUGAAAUCGUCAUAUUGGUUAUUAUGUGCAUAAUUCUCAUUCUGUAAUUAAUUUAGCAAUGAAAGCGAGUAAGAAUUUGCUUAGUUUUUCGUUAA